CGACGAAUGGAAUACCAUCGGUCACUCUGCUCUGCUCUGCGCUCCAUCCAUUCGACCGCCGCCACACUCAAUCAUCAUGACGACUCCCGACCCUUCGGGCACUGCACACGAAAUUGGCCUUGUGGAGGUGUGGGGUAUCCCCUUCAGCACCUUCACGCGCACCAUCACGAGCGGUCUUCACGAGCUUGGAGUGCCCUUCGUUCAGCAUGCUGUCCCUCCUCACUCAUCAGAGGUCAAUUCGCGUUCUCCUUUUGGUUUGUUGCCAAUCUUCAGACACGCUCCAUUUCCACUCGGCGGCGUCGACGACCAAGAUGCUCAGCCUUUCGAGAUGUUCGAGACGCCCGCCAUCCGGGCAUACCUUGAUCGAGAAUUUGGGGCGUUGAGCAACGAGUCGAAACAUGGAACAAAGUCGGCACUGUCGCCCCUGAGUCCCUUGUCCGCUCGUCAAGCAGCGAAAGUGGACCGCCUCGUUUCACUCGUGUGCACUCAGCUUUUUCAGACUCUAGAGCAUGGCGUGGUGAAGCCUCGUCUAGCGAUGGAAUCUAACGGGGCUGACGAAGCUUCCAUCGGCGUCGCUCUCGAGGGUAACCUGGACAACCUUGCAGCGCUUCUCGUAACGUUCGAGAAGCUCACCCAUCACGACUUGGAAGCGGGCAAAUGGAUUGCAGGCACCGAAAGUCCUAGCUGGGCAGAUCUAUACGCCUAUCCUCCCCUUGCUGACCUGAAGGCCACACCGGAGGGCUCGAUUCUGGCUCAAAAAGCUCCAAAGCUGGCGGCGUGGACGGAGCGCAUGUCUGAGAGAUCUAGCAUUGCGAAGACCUGGAAAGGCACGUUGGACUCGCAGCGAUCAGACAAGGGCAAGGGAAGGUCGUAAGGGUGUGGGCCUGGGUCGACUCUCGAAUACAAUGCGGUGACGAGUGUUGUUCCGUGGGAGUGAGAGUGUGCUGACGGAGCGUGGUCCAGCAGUGUUCGUAGGCGCUGCAAUAUCAAUACUAUGCGCCCUCUGCUGU